AUGAAGUUCCAGCCCAAGAUGGACCCGUCUUCCCUUACUCUUCGGCUUUCCCCGGGGAAGACCCGGCGACGGCGGCCAGUGUCUCCCGCGGACAAAGUGGGCACUUGGGUCCCGCGGGCGGACACGUCCCGGGGCCGCCUGAGGAACCAGCGCUCCAUCCCCGGGGCACCGCCCCCUUCCUGGUCCCCAGGAUGGACACUCCGAGAACGGAGCCGCCACCUGCCCGACGCUGUGGGCGGGGAAGGCAGAGGCAGCGGGCAGGUGUCGCCUUGGGCGCCGCGGGCAAGGCACUGGUGGCGACAGUCACCUAUCGCCCCGAGAGCCAGGCGCCCUGAGGCGCACCGGCGGCCGCCACAGAGGGAAGGUGGUGGCCAGGCAAGAAGAGAGAAGGGACGCGGUCCCCGAAGAAGCCUAGCCUGCCCGCCACCCGAUCCCAGCCGCUUCAUCCCAGCCGCCCCAUCCCUGCCGCCCGAACCCUGCCACCCCUUCCCUGCCGCCCCAUCCUGGCCACCCCAUCCCGGCCGCCCGAUCCCUGGCACCCCAUCCCAGCCGCCCCAUCCCGGCCGCCCGAUCCCUGCCACCCCAUCCCGGCCACCCGAUCCCUGCCACCCCAUCCCGGCCGCCCGAUCCCUGCCACCCCAUCCCGGCCGCCCCAUCCCUGCCACCCCAUCCCAGCCGCCCCAUCCCGGCCGCCCCAUCCCGGCCGCCCGAUCCCUGCCACCCCAUCCCGGCCGCCCCAUCCCGGCCGCCCCUCCAGCCUCUAUGAGAACUGCCUCUCCCGAGCGAAGGACACACCCUCCUUCCCCUGCAGGCCGGGGCCUCCUUGCUCUGUCUGCUCCUGGACCGCUCACCCCGCAGUGA